GGCUCCUCCCCGAGCAGCUGCGGGCGCUGGCAGCGGCACGGGCGGUGCCUCCCGUCCGCGCCCAGCCCGCGGGAGCCGGGGGGCGAGCGUCCCGCUACCCGUACUGCACGGCUCCGCCAUGUUCCAGCUCCUGCGAGGCCUCGCGUUGCCGGCAGCCGCCUGCGACGGGAGCAGGGAUGGCGACUCCCGCUACGCUAACCUCUUCAGGAAGCUGGACCUCAACGAAGAUGGGAGAGUGGACAUCGCCGAGCUCCAGACGGGCCUCCGGGCCAUGGGCAUCCCCCUGGGAAAAGAGGCGGAGGAGAAAAUUUUUAAAGCUGGAGACACUAACCAGGAUGGACAGCUAGAUUUUGAAGAAUUUAUGCGGUAUCUUAAAGAUCAUGAGAAAAAGAUGAAGCUGGCAUUUAAGAGCCUGGACAAAAACAAUGAUGGAAAAAUUGAAGCAUCAGAAGUUGUCCAGUCCCUCAAGAUAUUGGGUAUAAGCAUUUCAGAAAAGCAGGCAGAAAAGAUCCUGCAAAGUAUUGAUGCUGAUGGGACAAUGACAGUUGACUGGAAUGAGUGGAGAGAUCACUUUAUGUUUAACCCAGCUACGGACAUUGAGGAAAUAAUUAGAUACUGGAAACAUUCCACUGUGUUGGAUAUAGGAGAUAGUUUGACUGUUCCAGAUGAGUUCACGGAGGAAGAGAAAAAGACUGGACAGUGGUGGAAACAGCUGUUGGCAGGAGGAGUGGCUGGUGCUGUGUCUCGAACAGGUACAGCACCAUUAGAUCGCCUUAAAGUGAUGAUGCAGGUUCACGGUUCAAAAUCAAACAAAAUGAAUAUAGCCAGUGGUUUUAAGCAAAUGUUGAAAGAAGGUGGUGUCCGAUCCCUCUGGAGGGGAAAUGGUGUAAAUGUUGUGAAAAUAGCUCCUGAAACAGCUAUUAAGUUCUGGGCUUAUGAACAGUAUAAGAAGAUACUCACUAAGGAUGAUGGAAAGUUAGGCACUGUUGAAAGAUUUGUGUCUGGUUCUUUGGCUGGAGCAACAGCACAAACUUCUAUUUAUCCCAUGGAGGUUUUAAAGACCAGAUUGGCUGUGGGUAAAACAGGCCAAUAUUCUGGGAUGUUUGACUGUGCUAAGAAGAUCUUAAAAAGAGAAGGUGUAAAGGCCUUCUACAAAGGCUAUGUUCCUAAUAUUUUGGGUAUAAUACCUUAUGCUGGCAUUGACCUUGCAGUUUAUGAGCUCUUAAAGAGUACAUGGCUAGAACACUAUGCAUCAAGCUCUGCUAACCCAGGUGUUUUUGUAUUGUUGGGAUGUGGUACUGUUUCCAGUACAUGUGGGCAGUUAGCCAGUUACCCUCUUGCUCUUAUCCGAACACGCAUGCAGGCUCAAGCCUCAGUGGAAGGAGGUCCACAGCUAAACAUGGUCGGUCUCUUUCAAAGAAUUAUUGCUUCAGAGGGAAUCAGAGGACUUUAUAGGGGCAUAGCCCCUAAUUUUAUGAAAGUGCUUCCAGCUGUCAGCAUCAGCUAUGUUGUAUAUGAAAAAAUGAAGCAGAAUUUGGGAAUAGCGUGAAAUGAAGGAAAAAGGUGAGAUGCUUCUAAUGUUGGAAACACCAAACAAAAAUGAUUUCUCAAGUAAUCUGUUCUCCCAAUUAGAGAUGGAUCUUUGUGGAGAGAUGCUGCAGCUUCUAUUUUUGCCCUGAAGUGGGAAGAAACUUUCUUAAAUUCUAGUUCACGAUUUCUAAACAGAUACCUAUAUUGCACUUUAAAAUGUCACUGAGUUAAAAAAAAAAAAAAAUGAUCAAGAAACUGUCUUUAAAUCAGCAAUACGUUUAUAUUUUCAGGAAAUCAUGCAUAUUUUACUCAUUGGCUUCUUUUUGUUUUUGUAUUUGUCUUCUCUAAAUGUGUAUUUGGCUUGGAUCAAACCAAAGGUAGGAGAAGUUUCUAUUGCCUUGAUACCGAAUAUAUAAAAGUGACUUUUUGUUUUGUCACGCUGCCUAUACUCAAGCAAUUCACAGGCAACAUUUUGCAUGCCUAGAAGUAAGCACUUAAUGUUGUUAUUUUUGAAGACUUAAUGUUACAUUUGUAAGAAAUAGGAUUUUAAAUACAGACAUGGAUGGAAUAACACAUGAAAACGUAGCCCAUCGCCUUCAUCUUCAGGCUAAUUUUUUUUUUUAAUUUUAAGUGUAAGAGCCUGAGAAACUGCUGUUCCGUGGUAUCAGAAUACCUCAAACAAAUUUACAUGGUAUUUUUGUAAUACAAUCAGUGAUUUUUUCAUAACUUGCUUGACUAGACCUGCUUUUCACUACACUUUUAAAUGUUAGCAUCAUUCACCAUGACCAGCUUUGGGUUACAGCUGCACGUUUUACAGGAUCAUAAUAUACAGAAGCAGAAGAAGCUUGCUUACUGGAUCCAUUCCAUACAAGUGCAAGUUGCCAUGUAAAAAUGGGGUGGAGGAUCCAGUAUUAAGCUGAUAGUGAUUGUAAUACAGCCGAUAGCGGAGCUCAUCAUAGCUCUCUUGUGGAGCAAAACACUUCUCACUUUGGACUCUCCAUUCUUUCCCUUACUCAGAGGGCUACAGUCCACUAUGUUCUUUUAGCCAAUGGAGGACUGCUUUAUUAUGUAAAAGUUUUACAUGUUUGUCAUGUGAGAUGAAUCCUCUUUCCCUCAGUCUUCUGUGCACACUGGCUGUGUAUGUGAAAUUCCGAUAGUAAAAUACUGAAGCAUUUUGUCCAAGUGACCAAACGGGACUGCUGAUCUCAGGUGCCCAUUAGAUUGAUGUUAAGAAGCAAGCAAAGCGUGCACACAGAACUUGUUAGCGCUUGAGAAACAGCUCUUCCUCAAAAAACAAAGCAGCACUUCCUCAAUGCAGAAAGUUAGGUAUUUCCAUGUACAGGUACUUGCAAAGUGACUUCUUUUGGGGGGCUGUGGCAUGUGUGUGCGCCACAUUUCAGUUGCCUUCAGGCCUAAACACUGAAAUGGAGUAACAAUUAUUGCCGAACUCAUUUGUUAUGCUUUUUCUGCUUUCUGCAGUGUGUGGUGUUUUAAUCUUUGUAAAUUUGAGAUUAUCCUUACCUUGACCCUUCUAAAAGCAGCUGCUCUUAGGCCACUUCCUGAAAUUGGGUUACUGAAGGAAGAAUUUUGUUCCUAUAAGGUUAUUAAGGGUCUUUCCCCACCCUCUGUUAAGCAAACAUGAAUAGCUGUCUGAACCUCAGUGUUCCACAUACUAUUCGGGCCAUAUUUUUCAAACAGCAAUCGGAUGUAAAUCUUGUGUUCAGUGCUUCCGUGGCUGGUGUUUAUUCUCCAUAAACUGAUAUAUAACAACUCCAUAACAUUUGUAUUAGAAAAUGUUGUUUUAAUAGACUUCAGAAAAUGGCAGCUUUAGCUGUGUCUUUUGGCCUUCCCUUUAGGGAAACCUUGGACAUCGCACCUUAAAAAAACCAAACAACUCCCCCCCCCCCCCCCCCCCCCCCCCCCAAAAAAAAAAAAAAAAAAAAGUCGUUCUAUCCAUAUCAUUGAUAUGUACAAUGCCUUUCUGAUCUGAAUGUUUCUUGGCUUUAUCAACAUUCUUGUAUCUUUGUGGGAUUUGUGAGAUCAGUUCCCAAUCAUUUUGUUUGACUGUGACCAAUGAACAAAUGUGAGUGUGUGUGUGUGUUGCAGAGAUGACUUCAGCAGUGUCUGUCUUCUAGACUUGCUCCAUUCUGUUUAUAGUGUACAAGUGCCAUUGUGAGUAUUGAAAAUGAUGGUAAUAAUGUUUUCAGAGGUUGAAAAGAUGGGGUCUUUCAAAUUUAAUUUUUCAUUAUGUGCCUUUAUGAUGACUGUUCAGUUGUGUAUUCUUUGUCUCUUAAAAGUAUGUUUACCUUCUUAGCUCUAUAAAACUGCCAGUUUCUAAUAAAUCUUUGUUUCCUUA